AUGCAUUAUCGAUCUCAGAAUGAAUAUUUCAAAUUUUUUGAUAUGAAGACAUAGAUUUCACCUAGAUAGAUAAAAAUAGAAACACUUCCAUCUACUAAUAGAAAGAUACAAAAUUUUUCAUUAACGAACAGAUCAUAAUAGAAAGAUCAACAACUUAUAUAUGAGAUUGAGGGCAAUUCUAAAAUUAAUCGUUCAACGUAUAACCAUUUCCUCAACUACAAAAGCAGAAGACCUACUAGACAUCUUUAAAAAAAUGGACUUUUUCAACAUGGUAUCUUAAAACAAUAAUAAAAACCUUUGGAACGAUUGCAUUCUCAAUCAUAUAGAUAAACCUAAAGUUAAAAUAAGAAUAGAAGUUAAAGAGACAUUUUUUUGAAUACAAAAUUCUUUCUGUCUCCCAGACAUUUGCACAAAAAAAUAAAACAGGAAACAUUUCAUUAAAAUUAAUAAAUUGAGAAAUAGAUUGAUCUCCCACCGAAAGAAAAGAUUCCCUAUUUACAGAUCAGUCAAACUGAUAUUAUGCCACUUGUAAAUCAUAAUAUCUGUUAUAAUACCAAAGUAGGAAUGAAAAAUAAGUAUAAAAUAAUUUCAUAUGCAAAAAAAGAUGAUCCUCAACUAAUCUCAUCGAAUAGAGAUAAUGAAAAUAUCGAUGAUGAUAAUUCUGAAUUCCAUUUGGUGUUAUUUAGAUCAAAAAAAGAAUUAUGA